AUGGAAUCAAGCAGCAUAUCAUCUCAAUUCUUGCAUUAUGGCUCGCUAAUUACAAUCAAAACCGCCGAUAAUUUUUACCUAUACUCCAAAGGUUUUAUAGACAACAACCCUAUACUACAAGAUGGCCUCGAUAGCGUGAGCGAUUUAAUUGGGGCUGUAUUUCGCAUAAUCCCUCAAUGUAUGUUUUCAACCCAAAAAGAAAUUCUUCGCUAUAUUUCUGACAGCCGAGGAGGCGUUCAAUCAUCAAAAGUAAGCCGUCUAGAAGAAGCUCUAGAUGGCGAAAUCAAGACUAAUAUACAUACCUAUAACAAUUUCAAAGGAGAAGCUAUAAAAUAUGGUUCUCUUAUCCAGCUUGAGCACAUUCAAAGCCAUAAAUUCUUGACACUAAAUAGCCAAAAGAGCUCAGAAGUGGAAAGGGAAAACCUAAAGCUUUCUCUAGAAGAUUACGGCAGCGAGUAUUCACAUUUCCGGAUUGAGCCGAGCUUUCGGUAUCAAAAAGAAGGGAACGGGCUAGUAAGAUUGAAUGACAAAGUGCAUUUUGAAAUUGCAAUUCCUGAACUCAAUAGAAUGGCUUAUUUACACUCUAGCAAAGAUACACUGAUUUUGCCUCCAAUCAGCAGACUGAUGACUGGACUUUCAGCAUCAGGAAGUGAGGAGCAGCCAAACUCUUUAGAAAUCAAUGUUUCACUUGAUAAGAAAACUCGCUGAGCUAUCAAUUUGUAUGCUCCUUUUGUAAAAGAUAGCAAUCAAUAUUUAUCGUGCGGAGAUUAUAUAUGGCUGACUAGAGUUGAAGAACAAGUAUGCCUUUGUGCAAAUUUUCGUCAAAUGGGCCAUCAACGAUUGAAAAUGAUUUUCAAUGAAAAUUUGAGCGAUACAAAUGGACUGUGAAAAAUUGAAGCUGAAAAUCAAUACCAAGGUGGGCUUGUAAAUAUAGAAAACCGAUAUAGACUCAAACAUAUUUCUUCUGGGAAAUAUCUGACUAUAAAAGAAAGAAAAAGUGCUAAACUGGCCAAAGCAUCUGUUAAAACCCUUGAAUUUCAUAAGCUUAAACUAGGAAAGAUCUUACAUGCUAAUAACUUAUGAAAAUUUGUUCCUUUAGAAACUAAGCCAGGAAAAAAAUUUUUAGAAUCUGAAGAGUUAUGCAAGUUAGUCAAUGCAAAUCUAGAUGCUUCAUUUAUUGGAAAGGAAGUCUUGUCGUCUAAAAAUAUUACUAAAUUUGCUCCAAGAGUUACUUUUAAUGUAGAUGAAUUGACAUAUAUAAAACUCUCAAGAGCAGGUGGUGCAAUUGUAUGAGAAACUUUAUUUUUGCUUAAUUGCUAUCCGAUUUUAUGCAGCUUCCCUGAAUAUGUCUCAAGGAAUUCGUCUUUGGUAGAAAUGGAUAAUAAGGCUGUCAAGGAAUAUGAAAAAUAUAUGAUUCUUAUCAAUAAAUGCAUAAAUGAUUUAGAACUGUUUUGCAAUAAUAACUACAUAAAUCGAAAUAUGGAGUCGAUCGAUGUUCUCCCGAACAAAAAUUCUCCUUAUGGCCAAUUUUGAUUAUGAGGUUUGAUUUCACACAGCAAAUUUAUCCCAGUAAUAUGGCAUAGCUUACCUAAGGUGUGCAACAUUGGACACUAUCUCUAGGGACACCUUCCAGGUGGUCGAGACUCUAAAUGGUUAGCUUGCCUGGUGGCGCAAGUUGGUUUUAUCUUAGAGCUGGAAGGAUAGCUGUCAAAAUCUGAGCGCUCAAAGCUGAGGCACCAUUCAGAUCAAGACCAAAUGGUGAGCCCGUCCAGGUAAUGUGGGUAUUUGACGUUAAACGAAGAAAAAGUAUAACUAAUUCAGAUUAGAUUUUGCAAUAAUAAGCUGCAAAGUAUGGUUGGGAUGGAUAAUCAAUAUGGAGAAGUCCAAAAAGCAAGGCAAAGAAUGCUGAAGGAACAGCAGUUCUUUGAAGCUCUAGCACAGAUUUUAGAUUAUGCGUUACAAACUGAAAAUGAAAAGUCCAGAGUCGAAAAAUUGCAGUGGAAUAAUAACAUGUACGUGGAUUAUGGCUCCUUAAAUCAAGAGCUAACUGAUUUCUUUUCACCAAGAGUUCACGACGCUGACCCAGAAAGCAUGAGAAUCAAAUGCCUGGCACUGGUGAUCACAAAUACUUAUCGACUUAUUUCAGUGAUUUGUCAUAAAAACUACGAAAACCAGCUUUACGCUUUCCAGUUCUUCAAAAUUUUUAUAAAGCAUGUAGGACUCAACGUAGGCGCAACAAAAUGUAUGUUAGAUAUACUGAGAGAAAACGAAAAAUUGCUAUUGGAAAUCCAUGAAGCAAAAAAUGACAACAUCAUUGCCCACUAUACGAAUUUAUUGAAAUUUUAUCAGCAUGACAAAAAGCCUCAGCUUCUUGAUUUCUUGAGAACUAUUUGUGUCUAUAAAGGAGACAGCAUUGCUGUAAACCAAGAAAAGAUUUUUAAUUAUAUUUUUUCCAGCCAAGAAACUAAAGACCAAGUAUUGAUUUCUACCAGUAUAAUAAAUGACGAAAUUUAUAUAAUUGGAGAAAAAGGAGAAGACCCUGUUCCAUUGAGAAGCUGCUUUUUUGAAGGGAAAAUCAUUGACUACCCAGGAACUAUUAUUUAUUUUAUCAAGCUAUUGGAAUUGUACGCUAACUUAUGCUUUGGUAGGAAUUAUAUGUGCACAGAGUAUCUCAAAGAGCAGUUUUCUUUAAAGUCUUUGCAAAUAAUGAUAGCAAAUGAAAACCUGAGCAAACAGCUGCGAGCUGCACUAGUCAAGCUGUCGCUGUCGAUUUAUGUUGAUACUUAAAUAUACAUAAAAAUGGUGAUGACAUACCACCCAACCUCUCGACCCUAUUUCUUCAGCACCUGUAGGCAGCAGCCCAGUGAUGGAGAUUUAGGUGGAAAGGGUUGGUAAUCCUUUAUGUAUAUCGGGCUAGGUUUUCCUCGGGUCUCAGGGAGCAAUCCUUGGGACUUAGAGUUUUUCCUCCAGAGCAACCAUUAGAAAGGGCAAGGUCGGCGACGCCUGAAGGGAAAUGUGACCCUACAGGCCCUGAAGACAGUAUUUGCCUAACGAGAAGCUGGGAGUUUAGACCAAUGUUUGGCCCUUAGACUCCAGGAGCCAUGGAAGUCAAAAUCAGUGCUCGAGUCCCCUGUUUGCGGCAAUAGGGAGGGCGUCCGUCGAGCCUAUUUCGGGAAGGUUGAACGUGUAGGGGUGGAAAUCCCUGGACCUGGUAAGCGAACGGCAUAAUCAUAAUCAUGUUGAUACUUAUCCAAGAGAAGAGUUUGUAAAGCCAGAACUUAUUAAAGUACUUAUCUUAAGGGGUGGGUUUUCUUCAGGUGAUGAACUUGUGCGCCACAACACAAGAUUUUUAUCAGAAGAUAUGAAAACGAUAAAUUUGACUCCUAAAAGUGUUCAAAACAUAAGAAAAUCUAAAAAAUCCAUAUUAAGAGGGCUAGGAAAAGCAGCUGAAAAAGUACUAAAAUUUAAAGCGCCAGGGAUCGUUACACCUUUAGCAGGAGAAAUUGACAGGUUUAAUGAAGAGGAUAGACUUAGCAAAGAUUUUCUUCAAACAGUCAUUCGCUAUUUUGAUCAUCAGGCAGAGUUGGCAAGCUAUGACGUCUUAACUUAUGAAAUUCUAAGAGUUGCAAACAAGCAGCUAAGAUUUGAGCUCUUCGGAACAGUCUGCACAGAUUUUGUAAACGAAUACGUUAUCAGAGAUCCAAGAAGUGGAGCUUUUAGAGUAAAAAAUAUGGAUCUUCUCAGAUUUCUAACUUCUGUAUCCAAAAUAUUUUUGAAGCAGCAUCCAUCAGUUUCAGAAAGAUCAAAGAUGUAUAAAAAAAGAGCUUCAAAGUUAUUUGCAGAAGAUGAAGAAGACUCAGGCAAAAAGACAAUUAAAUCUACAUUUCUGACAGGCUUGCUAAAUGAUCCUACCAGUUUAUCUGACCCUAUUAUCAGAUGUGCAGCCAAUUUGAGAAAUUUUCUGUAUCUCUUAAGACAAUCUGCUUUGCAAAACCCUGACCAAAAAAAUUACGAAAAUAGAAUAAAAAUCAAAAUCUGCCGAAUGCUUCAUUAUUACCUUGACUGACGACAAGAAUUCUUAAUCAAUAAUAUUACUCAAUGGUUCAAUACUCUUGAAGACACAAGAAACUGAAAGACUGAAAUAAACAUAAAAAAUCUCCUUCCAAAAGUGAUGAAAAUUUCUAAGUCUUCAAAUAUAACACCAAGCUUAGAGAGCAUGGUAGCAGAAAUCUACAAUUCAGAUUUCAAUAAAUAUUAUAACCCGAAAAUCCCAGAUCUUAAUGCAAUUUCUGAGAAGCCGAUCCUUUAUCAGCUCUUAAAAGUGUUUAUUUCCUCUACAGACCAUUUACUCCAAUCUCUCACAGUGAAGCUUAUAAUCAGAUGUUUUAAACAAAGGGAAGAGUUUUUGCUAUCAGUUAAGCGGCUCUAUGUUAUUAGCAGUGAAGGCGAUAAAUUAUUACUAAGGUGGGUCAAAAAGAGCCUUACUAGUUUUAGACAAUAUAGCGAGCAAAGUGAACUGUGACUGAAUUAUUGGAAACAAAAUGAUUAUCUGAAAGUCAAAUAUUGGGAAAAUUUCCAAAGUGUUAUGGAUUUCCUUGUCAAGCUUGGCAAUAUCUUUUAUGAGGAUACUUAUAUAAAAGAUGGAGAGCCAAGCAUAGGAAAUAAAGGAACGAUUUCUAAAGCAAGACAAGACAUGCUUUACUACUUAGGCGCCCAUAAUCUUAUUAUAAGACUACUAAAAGAUGGGAUGCAUACACUUGCUGAUUUAUAUGAAGCUCCUAAUGAGCACAUACAGGAGCCAAGACUGCAUAUAAGAGAACGAUGCCAGUCAUUUAAUAGGAAUUUUCCCCUUAUAUGGCAUUUCCUCUGAGUUUUUGUCGUAGUAUUUUUCUCGUUACUCCCUGAUCGAACGAUUGACUGUAAAAAUUCCUAAAAAAUUGGGAAAUUAACCCCCAUCCUUGAUCGAACGAUUUUCAUAUCAUGCAAAUUUUUUAUAUAUAUAAAAAUAUAUUAGUUAUCAAAAGCUUGGGAAGAUGCGCCUAAUGAAGUUGUUUUCACGGACUUUGAGACGACAGAAAGCUUCGAAAUCAACUAUCCGAAGUGAUUUAGUCAUCAAUCUAGGCUUAAAAACUCAAUAAUCUAAUAAAAUAGAGAUUCUUUAGAAUUUUAAAAAAAAAAAUUUAAUUUAAUAAGGAACAAAUUAAAAUUUAUACAGUUUAAAGGAGUAACUAAUAAAUCAAAAUAUUAAAAAUUGGUAUUUUUAUGAAAUUAAUUCAAUUUUUUGCUGUAAAAAUAAUUAUUUAAAUACUCUUAACCCUCUUAUUUAAAAGUAAAUAAAAAAAUAUAUUAUAUAAAAUUUUUUUUCCCAAAAAAAUUUUUUUUAACCUCCAUCCUUGAUCGAACGAUGGCGAGUCAUUCGAUCAAGGAUGGGGGGGAUUAGAUAAUAGCUAAAAUUAUGUAAAUUUAUCACGAGGAAUAAAUUAUAAAAAAGGACCCACGAGGUAUAUUCCGAUCAAUGACGCAGAGCAUAAGAGAACUAUUCACACAGUGCCACAAAAUCCUCAGGAGAUUCGUAUAUAUGCACACUCGAAACCAAAAAAGAUUGCAUAAACACAUUCAUGUAUUUUUACAACAUUUGAGGAUCGAUGUAGACCAAAUCCCUUUAAUUUGCGAAAUUUAUAAAGAUAACUAUAGCUUGCUGUCACAAAUAAAUAAAGAUAUUUUAAAAAGGUUUAAAAAAGUCAUAUACUCUGAAGGUAGAAGACCUAUCUAUUUGGAAUUUUUAGAUGUCAUUCAGACAUCUAAAGGAAAAGCUCUGUCGCAAAAUCAAAGAUAUGUUAUAAACUUCUUUGUUAAAGAAGAAUUUAAUAGAUUUUUGCUGUAUAUGAGGAAAGAAUAAUCAAAGUAUGGAGCUAAAUAAUUUUCCUGCUAUCUCAGGCAGAAGUUCCUCAUUUGGAAAAUUUUGAUUAUCAGGCUUGGCUCCACUAUGCGAAUUUAUCUUGGCCAAGGAAUGUGCAGUGCAGCACCCCUGCCUUAGGAAAUAAAUUUCUGGAAGUUUACCAAUCCUAGCAGUGAGAAUGGGGCCUUAGGGUUAGUCUUUCGCACUGGCGAUCAGGGUUUUAUUGGAUUAAGGCCAGACGGUCUGCAAAGCAGCUUUUCAACGAUAGCUAUUAUUGUUAAUGUGAAAAGAGACAUCAAACUAUAAGAUAAUUAAAUAAAAUAAGCUCGUAUAUGAAUAAUGAACCCGAGCCAGAAUUUAUUUUUGAGGCUGAGAGACCUAAAAAUGCCAGUUGAUCAUAUCAGGAUAUUCCCUAUGAAUAUCAUGGAAAACUACUAACUGUAUUAUCAAAAUGUGGAUUUGGAGUAAGCGGAAUGUAUUUAAAUGAAGCAAAAUGCCAGAAAAUAUUUAGGCUGCCAAGUAUUUUCCGAUUACUUGAACAUGCAGAAAAUAAAAGCAACCCUUUUUAUCGACUUAAAAUUCCUAUCUUAGACUUUUUAUUCAAUAUUUAUAUUGACUGCGAAAAAACUAAUGAUGAUGUAAAAGAAUCUGCUGAUUUUAUUUCCUACAUGAAAUCACAGGUCGAGUUUGUUUCAAAAAUAUCCUCCCUUGACAGCUCUUAUGUGAUGUUUUUACAAAUAUGGGUAAAAAUCCUGACAAAAUAUAGUAACUCUCACUUAAAUACUCGAGAAGCAUAUAUAGAGACCAAAGAGGAUUUCCUAGCAAUAAAAGCUUAUACGCAAGCUUUAUUUGAUAAUCAUAAGAUUUUCUACUCAAGGAAAGUUCCAGAAUCAUUGAUUCAAAACAUUUCGAUCCUUUGCAGUAAAUUUGGGCUUGAAUUUCCUAUAAUCCAAUACGAAGAAUAUCAUGAUAUUGCUAUGGAUCCCUUUGAUUCUUUAGUUUUACUUCGGGAUGACUCAAAAUACGAGCUUAAAGAUUAUUCAAGUGAAGCAAUAGAGUGCUGAAACCAAGUAAAAGAAGAGUUAUUAUAUGAUGACGGGAUAAAAGAAUACUUGAAACUUGAACAAAAAGCUUUAAAUAUAGCAAUAUAUAGAGCUGAAGAUUUAGGAGAAGGCCUUACCUUUGAAAAUAUUAUCGAGUCGCUUAUCAAUUUUAUCAGGUCAAGCAGAUCUCAGCAAGAUGAAAUUGACACCAUAGUUAGCGCUAUUGAGCUAUUGGCCUCAUUAAUAGAAAAUCCUGUAUGCAACCCAUACGACGAUGCUGAAGAAAUAAAGGUAAAAAUUCAAGAUCAGCUGAAUAGCUUUGGGGUAAGCCGAGUUGUGCUUGCUCUUAUGUGCGACCCUGAAGUCAAUAAACAAGUUUUUCACGCUCUGCUUGAAUUAUCAAUUCAAUUACUUGACGGAGGCAAUGAUAAAGUUCAGCAAGAAUUUUAUCAGUAUUUUAUAGGAGUUGCUGGAUCGGAGUAUUUCUUUGAAAAAAUCCACAAUACCUUGCUUGAAAAUGUCUCAAAACUUGCCAGCGGGCAUAUUUCUGAAAUAACAAGAGUUCCUGUAUAUAAAUCGAAAAAAGUUCAAAUGAGACGAAUCCUGAGAGUUCUGCAGCUUUUUUGUGAAGGCCACUUUACUAAGCUGCAAAACUAUAUAAGACAUCAAGAAAAAUCGAGAGCUAGCUAUAAUAUUAUUGAUGACAUUGUAUCAUUAUUGGACAUGCUACUGAAAAAAAUGUACUUCAAGCACUUUUUCGAAAUUUCUCAAUGCUUUGACACUCUCACUGAAGCAAUUCAAGGCCCUUGCAAAGAAAAUCAAGAAAGUAUCAUUGACGGCAAAUUUUUGGAGCUUGCUGCCUAUUUAUUGUCUCUCGACGAAAAUAGUGGUGGAGUCCAAGUUUAUGAAGCUCUUAAAGGAGAUCGUGAUUUUAUUCACUUACUCCCCCCCCCCCCUCCGUGAGUGAACAAAACCAUUAGAAAAAUCGCUAUUUUUGCCCAAAAACCCACCCUCCGUGAGUGAACAAAAAUUUUUUUAAUAGAAAAAUUUUUUAUGGAAAAAAAUUUUGAUAUAUAUAAAUGAUAAUUAGUAUAAUGAAAUCUAGAGCUAAUUCUGUUUAAUUUUGAACCAAUUGCUUUUUAAAACAUAAAUUUUAUAAAUUAAAUUAAUUUUUGCUUUCAAUUUUUGCGAAUUAGGAUUUUUUUUAAAUUUCGAAAAAAAAUAUUGUUAAUAAAAUUUAUAUAUAAAUUUUUUUUAAAAAAAAAAAAUUAACCCCCCUCCGUGAGUGAACAAAAUUUUUUUGUUCACUCACGGAGGGGGGGGGGAGUUAGAAACUAUUAAAUCAUCCCAGUCAGCAGAGCAAUUAGAAACCAUCAGUGGAUGGAUGAUUUCUCACUUGAAAUACAAGUGCAUGAUUACUCUGCUUAGUCUUCUUGAAGGACGUAACGAUAAUUACGUUAUAUCUAGAAUCAUUCGUGCUUUUAAUGUUGAAAUUUUUAAAGAAAACUUAAUCAGUAUUUAUGAUGGAUACACAAAGCUCUAUAAGAAAGUAACCUACACUGACCAGAUCUUUAGCCAUCAUGCAAAAAACGAUAAAUAUCAAUUCGGAUUCCCUGAUAAUCCUCAAGAUAAAAAUCCUGAGUAUUUUACUGUAAUCAUAGAGGUGGGAUUUAUGAUUUUCCAUCUAAUGAAAAGCUUUCACGACAAUGAUGAUCCUGAAAACCGUGAAGUUGUAGAAGAAGAACUCCCAGAGCUUGAGCUUGAAGAAGACACAAAUGUUUUCUUUGCAAAAAAGAUUUUGGGAGAUUUAGGGAAAGUGGGAUUUGCACUUGUCAAGGACACCAUGAAUACUGUUGCAAAAGCAACUGAUAUGCUAUCUCUCAGAGAUUCAAGAGGUCCUGCUUUAGAGAAAUCAGGGAUUUUAGAAGCUGCUUAUGAAUUUUUUGGGAAAUAUACAGGAAAUAUUGAAGUCGUUUUCAAUGGAUCUUUAACAAAAGUAUAUUUCUCGCUUCCUCCUGAAUUUGUAGGCUUGAACAAAGAAAUCAAAGAAAAUUUCCAUAAUAACGCUGAUAGAACUUCAGACCAAACCAAGCUUCGAUACCUGAUGAUGAAAGCAGACGGAAUAGUUGAGCAAAUCAAAAACAAUCAUAAGAUGGAAAUGCUGUUUCAAAAGUACCCAUUUGUGUCUGUGCUUACUUCCAAUGUCACAUUAUGGGGAGAGUUGGUAUUUUACUUAACACUUAUUUUGAACUUUUUUAUCAUUUUUUCAUAUGCGUAUUAUGGGGAUAUGACUCUAUACAAGCCUUCUUUGUUUUAUGAAGAAACUGGGAGUGAUGUAGAUGGCGGGCUCAAUUCUGAUGAUACUAACUCCGCUUGGCUAGUGAGCAAAAAUACUAACGAAGGAAGAUGCAUUUUCACAAAAUUAGAGAUUUUUCUAAAUGAUUUUGCUCGAUAACCAAGAGGUAGUAAGCAGGCAAUAGAAGCUAUUGGUAUAGUGCUGGUGGUUUGCACCGUUUUUAUUGUUGGAGUGUUCUUAUUGAAAACUGGUCCAGUUCUUGCAAAGCGUGGCUGAAAUAAAAAUGCACCAACCAUUGAGUUUUGGAAAAGCAACCCAUCAAAACGGAAAAUCGCCUUAAAAAGACUUAAACAAUCAUUAUGAACUCUUUUAUAUGUAUGAAGCAACUGAAAUGUGAUCUACUAUUGUCUUUACUUUGCUAUUGCUUUAUGCGGAGUAGUUGUUCAUCCUUUCUACUUCUCUCUUUUGCUUUUAGAUAUGCUUUAUCGCUAUCCUGCAUUGCAAAAUGUGAUAAAAUCUAUCACAAUGCCCAAGAAAGCAUUAAUUUUGACCUUCAUUUUUAUGCUUGUUAUUGUCUAUAUCUUUGGCUUGGUUGGCUUUUGAAAAUUUUCAGAGUACUUUAAUGGUAACUGUCCAAGCUUAUUUUACUGCUUUCUUAAUGUCUGGGAUAAAGGCUUCAAGGCAAAUGGAGGUAUAGGAGGAUACUUAAAGCAAUGGACUGACGGCUCAAUGAACACAGGCAGGCUUAUUUAUGAUAAUCUUUACAAUAUCAUUAUUAUGAUCAUUAUGCUAAACAUUGUGCAGGGUAUCAUUAUUGAUACAUUUGCAAUAUUAAGAGAAGCUCAUGAGCGAAACACUUCUGAUAGAGAAAACAAGUGCUAUAUUUGUGGAAUGGAAAGAGAUUUGAUAGAAAGAGUUACAAGCAAACCUUUUAGAUAUCAUACGCUUACUCACCUCUUUGGUUAGCGAGUGAAAUCGAUAGAAAAUAUCUUUCGUUAGCGAGUUAAAAAUAUAGAGUAAAUUAAUUUUUUUAUUAAAAUAUUUUGAUAUAUAAUUAAUUAUGAUCAUAUUAAUUCGAUUUCUCGUAACUCCUAUUAAAUUUUAAACAAUUUGCAUCCUUAAAAAUUACUUUAUAAUUAAUCAAAUAUAUUUAAUUUUUUUAAUCCAAAAAAAAAGUUUUUAUUAAAAAAAUUAAUCCCUUGAUUUGAUUAUUUUCUCACUAGCAAAGGCAGGCUAGGGAACACCAUGAAUGAAACUAUAUUCUUUAUAUAGCUUACUUGAGAGCGAAAGAAGAAACUGAGUACACAGGGAUUGAAAGUUAUGUGAGAGAGCAGAUUGAUAACAAAGAUUUUCAAUGGUUUCCACAGCAUCAAGCACUCUCAGUAAAAGAAGAAUCAAACACAGAAGAAAAAAGGCUGCUUGACAGUGCUUUGAGGAUGGAGGAAAAAUUAGCACUGAUGGAAGAAGAAAUCAAGAAAUUUAAGAACAUUUAUUAA